AUGUUAGCUGUGAGUCACUUCAACUCCUCUGCCUCCCCCCUCCUCCCUCAGCUGGCUGAUGGCAGUGGAGGUUUGGUGGAAACCAUAGUGACAGGUGUGGGGCAGCUGCAGCAGAAAAACGUUACGUCGGCACAGAGCCAGACCGGCGGCACCAUCGUUGUCGUGCUGUUCAUGUCGCUGGGCAUCUUCUCCAACAUUGUGGCUCUGUUCAUCCUGGUCAAUGCCUACUCUCUGCAGCGUAGGCGAUCCAAAGCUACGUUCCUCUUGUUUGCCACUUCUCUGGUGAUUACAGACUUCUUUGGCCACGUGAUCCCCGGCGCCAUGGUUCUGAGGCUCUACCUCAUUGGAGGCGUGAGCCCUGAGGACUUCAGCUCCUCUGACGGUAUGUGUCAGUUCCUUGGGGGCAGCAUGGUGUUCUUCGGCCUCUGCCCACUCUUCAUGGGCUGCGCCAUGGCCGCAGAGCGAUGCCUGGGCGUCACCAAACCGCUGCUGCACUCGUCCCUGGUCACCAAAACACGGACAAAGUUGUGCCUGUCUGUGAUCUGGCUGGCAGCGCUGUGCGUGGCCCUGCUGCCCUGCUUCCAGCUCGGAUCCUACACCUACCAGGAGCCCAGAACCUGGUGCUUCAUCAAUGUGCUCAGUGACACCAAGGAGGUGGACGUGGCCUUCGUGGCGCUGUUCUCUGGACUCGGGCUGACCUCUCUUGCCGUGGCGCUGGUGUGUAACACCGUCAGCGGACUGACGCUGGUGCUGGCCCGGAUCAGAAGGCAGCCCGGCUCCCAUCACUCAGCCAGGUCUCAUGACAUAGAGAUGGUGGCGCAGCUGGUUGGCAUCAUGGUCACCUCAUGUAUUUGCUGGAGCCCUCUACUGAUCUUUGCUCUGGUGUCGGUGAAAAGACCCAUAGGUGCAAACCCAUCAAACUAUCAGACCCUGAUGCACAUGGGAGUGAGGCUGGCCACAUGGAACCAGAUCCUCGACCCCUGGGUCUACAUCCUGUUGCGCCGCACCGUGCUCGGCAAAAUCUACCUCAUAGUGAAGUGCCAGGCGGGCAUGAGGGGAGGCGUGAUAGGCCGCUGGGAGAAAAGCUCCUUCCCCAGCAUGGACCAGAAGGAAGUCAGCAAAGUGUGA